AUGAAUAUUUGUGUUUUGAAUGAAGAGCUGAUUAAUUCAGUACUUAAUGGCUCAUCAGGACUGAACUUUGCCGCUUCAGCGGUGCCAAAUAUACCCUGGCAGAGGCAUCAGAUUUGUUCGCUCAGACUCGCAGUCUUCCUCUUCACCAAUUCAAAAUGCAAGAGGUACUUCCACAACUACCUGAAGUCAUCGAAGCUUACCUGCACUGCUAUGUACAGGAAAUGACAUAAGAAGGACACUGCGGCCGAAAUUGUAAAGAAGAGUCGCCGGAUUUCAGUGUGCAUAUAACAAGAUAUUCAUGUAAAAAAAGUUUGUAGCCAUUUAUGUUUGCCUGUUUGGCAAUAUGUAUUGGAAAUCUAUCUAAAUAGCUUCUGAACGAUAUGUGUAGGUGAUAUAAUUGUAAUUUUAAUAGGUUUGGUUUGAAAUUAGUUGUUUAAAUAACUCAAUUUGUUAUUUUUAUUAUUGUCUCUUACAACAGGUGCAAGUCACAAUGGAGACUGUACUUACGAUGAUAAAGUAAACCACAU